UAGGACAACACGCUUUCGGCCGCUGUUAGCUCAGCUCGCAGCUUCAACUUCGGAAAGCAUGGAACUAGUCGGAUCUUAGUUUGCCAAAGAGAUACUAAAAGACAAUAUAUGACAAAACUGUGACAUAUUGGUUUGUAGUUUGUGUCCAGGUUAUGAUUGUAGACAGAGUUUGGUUUUAGUGAGCUCAGCAGCUUGCAGCCGCCAGCUAAGCUAGCUUAGUAGCUAACCACACUACAGUCCAAAAUGACUGACUGCUGCGCUGCAGCAAACUGUGAUUACCGGCAGCAAGAGUCAGAAAACAGCACUCCACUGUUCAGCUUCCCUCUGGACCCACAUCGUUGCCAGCAAUGGUUAAACAACUGCCGUCGCCAGGAUUUGGUCUCCCAGCCUCCAGAGCAGCUGCACAAGCUGUACAAAGUUUGUGCAAAACACUUUGAGCCGUCUAUGAUUGAUCAGCAGAGCCCGUCAACCUCUGUGUUAAAGGAAGAUGCUGUUCCUACAAUAUUUGACUUCGCUGUGAAUCAACAGGAGACGUGUAACAGAAAGAGAGCCAGAGAUCCCUCGGAGGAGGAAGCUGCUGUUGUAAAGAAAUCAAAAGAAAAUGCACCAGAAGCUACAGAAGACGGGAUAAAAUCAGAGGAACCACAGAAAGAACCUGAAACCCAGGAGGACAGCUCCACCUCUAAAGCAAAAGAGACUCUGAAAAUUUACUUUAAGGAAACCCUGGCCGUGAUAGGCUUCAGCAUCAAUGGGGCGAACGCGAGCUCAGACGAACCGAUGGGAGGCGUGCGCGGUCAGCGCGCUCACAAUCGCAUCUGUGUUGAGAAAAUAGACAAGAAGGAGAUCCUGCUGUUCGGCGAACGCUUCAUGCAGGAGGAGAUCCAGAACAGUCUGCGGCUGUCCAGGUUCUUCUCCAUCCUGCUUCAGGAUGUGACUAACAUAGAGGGAAAGGAGCAGAUUCCGGUUUUCAUCCGCUCUGUAACCAUCGCAGGUUUCCCCCAGAAGCACCUGAUCGGCUUCCUGCCCUGUGACCUGGACGCAGAGAAUCUCUUCUACAUGCUUCUCUCCGAGCUCCGAAACAAAUGGGGUUUGCGGAUGGAGCACUGCAGAGGACUCAGUUAUCUCAUCACCGGAAACCUCUGUCAGAAAAUGCGAGAUCUCACCUGCAGGAUCCUGAAGGAGUUCCCCCAAGUAGUUCUGUCCCCGAGCGACCCGUACGCGUUCAACAUCUGGAUCAUCCGCUGCAUGCCGGUGCCCCCCAUCCAAAAGGUCGCCGACACCGUAGAGGAGGUGGCCACGUUGAUCCGGCGAAUACCAGAGCUGAGCAAACGAUUGGACGGGAAGAUCCUGGCCACAUACGGCCACAUUAAGGGCGAGGUGGACCGGAUCAAAACGGCUCUCAGCGAGAACUGGGAAUACGGCACCGACGCCUUCCAGACCAUGCUGGAGAUCCUGGAGCCUUUCCUCACCUGCAUCAGCGAGAUCAUUUCCAAGGUGGACGAGGAAACGUCCGAACAAAUGGCCCGCCUCGUGCCGGUCCUGAAGAACUUUAACUUCAUCAUCACGCUGGUCGUUCUAAAGAACACGCUCUGCUGUGUGAGCAUACUGAACGCCAGUCUGAGGGGAAUAAUAAGCAUCAGCAGUACCUUACAGUACACCAUCUCCAACGCCUUAAAGCUGGUUAGCAAAUACCAACAGGAGCUCGCAAUAUUUCACAGGAAGUGGUUUUCUGACGCGGUCGGCCGAGCGAAGAAACUUGGCGUGGAGAUCACCAAACCGGAGAUAGCCCAAGCAGACGCCAGCGAGACGCCGCUGGAGGACUUUUACAGGGAGACCAUGAGUCGGCCCAUCCUGCAGUAUCUGGUGGCGGAGGUAAAGAGAGUGUUUAGCACAGAGAUGGUGAGGAUCCUCCGAUGGCUCUCCUUGGUGCCGUCCUACAUGGCGGACCACAACUUCAGCAUCCGCAGGGAUAAAGUGGCCGACGCCAACUUGAACAACCUGGCGCGCCCCGACACGUUCUACGAAGAGCUGGGCUGCUGGGAGGUGAAGUGGAAGCACGCGAGCAAGCGUAGAAUCCUCCCCACCACCGUGUUCGCUACUCUCAAGAUUCCAGAUAUCGGCUUUUACCCGAACGUGCAGAGCCUGCUGAGGGUGCUGGGAACGGUGCCGUGUGUGAACGCGGAGGCCGACGUGUACGGACAGUACCACAUGGUGCUGGAGCGCUGCCAUUUCUACCUGAAAGCCACCGCGCCCGACCAGAGGCAGUGCAACAUGGCGUUCGUGUACGUGAAUCAGGAUGUGCACUUCAGUGUGGAAAAAAUGGUGGAGUCGUACAUCGAGAAGCACCCAGACAUCCUGCAACUGCUGCAGAUGGAUGACGACGUGGCGGAGAACCCUUCACAAGUGGCAGCCCAUGGAAACCAUGCUGAGAAGGAUGCAGAAGAAGAGCUGAAGCAGAUCAAUCUGGAGAUGGAUGCUGAUCGGCUCGUGGAGAUGAAAUGUGCAGAAACUGACAGAGAAGCUCUUAAAUCUGCUUUGCAAGCGGCGGUGGUGGCUGCUUACAGCAGCAAGCCGCACGGCGACGCAUGUCCCGCUCAGGACGGGGAGGUGGAGUACGUGACCAAGUCGGAGAUGAAGGAAGUCCUGUCCGUGUGCGAGAGCGCCGUCAGGGAGGGGAUCCUCACCGAGGUGGGGACUUCCUUUUUCUCCCUCAUCAUCGACCGGGUUGUGAAACUGGGAGAAAAGGAGUACCUGCCCAUCUUCAUUAGGUUUGUGGACAGUUUCGAUGUCAUGCGCUUAGAGUUGCUGGGAUUCCUUGAGUCAGAUCUGGAAUGCGACGUUAUGGUACAAAGUCUUUUAGAAAAAAUAACGGCGGAGUGGCGUCUCGAUCUGGGAAACUGCAGAGGUCAAGCUUACCUCGGCUCCGGUGACGUUUCCUACAAGCUUAAAGCCUUCGCCUGCAAAGUCCAGGAGAAGUAUCCGCUUGCUAUAAGCACUCAUUGUUCUGCUUAUUCUUUCAACACCUGGUGGUCCAAAUCGAUCCCGGUGCCUGCAGUUAAGAGAGCCCUGGAUACAUUUGAAGAAAUCCUGGCCUUUUUUGGCAGCAGUGCCGCCCUAGAAAAACAACUUGACCAUGUGAUUGCAUACGGCCUUAGAGAGAGCUAUGAAAAAGUCCAAGAGCUACAAGGGAUGUUCUGCAGCCUUUGGCAGGAGAAGCACGAUUCCUACGAGGUGUUCGUCCAGAUCCUCGAGCCCCUCGUCGAAUGCUUGGAGAAGAUCAAGAACAACCCGCAGAGGUGGAAGCCCUCCGUUUCCGAACAGGCUGCAGCUCAUCUGCAGAAAGUCCUGGAGUUUGAUUUCCUCAUCACCAUGGUGGUCCUGAAGAACGCCGCCUGUUUUACCAGAGAGCUCAGUGCAGGUAUCCAGAAGGACCAGUUCAGCGCUGCAUCCCAGCUCUGCCAAAUCACCGGUAUUGUGGCCACUCUGAACAGAGUGAAAACCAACAUGAAGUUGUUCCACCAGAACUGGUUCGAUGAGGCGUGUGCAAUAGCGCAGAGCCUUCGCGUGCAGAUCGAAGUGCCCGACAACUCCGUUCCAAAAGACGGCAUGAUAAAGCCAGUCAACUACUACAAAGACUGCUUGAGCGUGCCCCUAGUAGACAACCUCAUCAACGCUGUAAAGGAUCAUUUUUCAGACGACCACAAAGAAGCUCUCAACUUCCUGUCCCUGAUCCCGCGCUCAGUCACAGUGAGCUACAUGUUUGAGAACCUGAAGUCAAAGCAGCCUCUCUACAGCAGCGACCUGCCCGAUGCCGAGAACUUCUUCACUGAGCUCUGCUGUUGGAGAGUAACGUGGAAGACUAAGGUGGCCUCCGUUACCAUCCCCAGCUCCAUCUUCCAUACACUCCGCCUGCCGCUCAUGCAGUACUUCGGGAACAUCAACACCCUGCUGAGGAUCAUGUCUGUGCUUCCCAGCACCAUGCUGGAGGACUGCGGCGUCGUGAUGCGACACAAGAGGUUCCAGGACUACCUGAGGACCACCAACCCCAAGGACAGGUCUGUGUGUUUGGCCAUGCUCAACGUCAGCACCGACUUCCGCAGGGAUCUGGACCGCAUGGUCAGCCAGUGUUUGAAGGUUACUCCUCAGGCCUUGGAAGGCAUCUGUUUGGAUAAGGAAUCCAAAAGUCUGAUCAGGAACUCUGAAAACAAUAUGGAAGUUGACAACGUUAAGGCUGAAGCUGAAGAGCCGAGUGUUACAGAGCCUGCUGAGAAGUUGCAGGACCAAGAAAUGAAAGCGGCAGACGAGAAUGGGGUCACAGGAGAUAACCGUCAGAGCCUGGCUACAGUCUUUAGGCUGGCUGCGCUCCUGGGAAAAACCAACCGCAGUCUCUGCGACCUUAAGGAGGAAGACCAGGAGCCUCUUGUUCAGGAGCUGAAGAUGUGCCACUGGUUUGGAAGUCAAAGCCAAAGCAUACCAUGGAUUAGUGACGAUGAAAUGCUGAACCUCCUCAUCAGUGGAAUCAGAGAUACGAUACUUAAAGAGAUGCAGGAAUCUCCGUUUUUCUCCCUGAUAACAGACAGACCUGUUAAAAUUGCAAACAAGACUUACUUGCCAGUCUUUGUUCGUUAUGUUGGGGAAUCGACUCCAAAAGUGGAACUUAUAGGGUUCUUACCGUUUAAUGAAAACAGAGAUGUUGACUGGCAAGCGGGCCACUUGGCAAAGAUCAUCACUGAGGACUGGGGUUUGCCCAUGUCUCAGUGCCGAGGCCAGGCUUUCAUGCAUUGGGGGCCGGGGUUUCAAAGCCUGAAGAAAAUGUCUUUAGAAUUCCUCAGCAGCUACCCGCUGUGCGUCGUAACGCCCAGUGAGUCUUGUGGUCUGGCUCAGUGGCUGGCCAGUAGUGUGCCUUGCCCUUCUGUGGCCAAACUGCUGGACAUCACUGAAGAUCUGCUGCUGUUCUUUGACCAGUCUCCUCAUCUGGAGGAACAGUUAGCUCAGGCUGUGGACGGGCUUCUGAAUAUGCCAAGAGAGGCUUUAGAGGAAAUUCCAGAAACGUUCUGCUCCAAGUGGAAAAAACGAGAGGACUUUUUCGACAUCCUCGCUGACACCUUAGAGGGCGUCCUCAGCUGCCUGGAUGCGGUGAGCUCUGGCACGGCGGGUGCAAAGUCCAUGCAUGCACAGGUUCUGUCUGCUGCUCUGAAAAACGUGGAUUUCAUCAUCACUCUCGUGAUUUUGAAGAACGCCUGUGCGCCGCUUCGUAACUGCAGCACAGUCUUCCGCUGCGGAAACCCGGCUGACAUCCUUUGCGAGGUGGAGAAAAUCCCUUCAAUCAUCGAAACUCUGGAGAAAAUGUUAACGAAUGCGAACGCUCUGCACAAUUCUUGGUUCGAACAGGCGUUCCAGUUAGCGACCAGGGUGGCUCCUGAACAAGUGUGCUUUUCAGAAGAAGCCAACAGCUACGAUUCUCCAGAGAUUUACUAUAGAGAUAAUCUGAGCAUUCCUCUCCUCCACAGUCUGAUGGAGGAAAUGAAAUAUUGCUUCUCAGGCAACCAUUUAAAAGCUCUGUCUGUCCUGUCACUGCUGCCUUCUUGCAACCCUCAGCCCGUACUGUCAGAGUCGACAGACAAGCCUUUCAGCCUUUACCUUACGGAUCUCCCGGAGCCCGAGGCGGCCGAGCAAGAGCUUAACGCCUGGGCUGCCGUCUGGACGGAGAAAUACCAGGAUGUUGCUCUUCCGACAUCUAUUGCCGAAACACUUGCUCAUCCAGAGUCCAAAAGCCACCCGACCGUGGCCCUACUGCUCCGACUGGUUGCCGUACUCCCGAGCGUAAGCAUGGAGUGCGACCUGAUGAAGACCACGCUGAACUCCAUGAGGGAUCUGUUCAAAAACACUGCAUGUAGAGGCAGCAAAAUCAGUCAAGUGAUGCUCCGCUCGCACGCCACAACACUACAAAGACUGCCAGAAGUCAUCGAGAAGUGCAUGGAAGUCGAUCCAGAGAGCACACCGUGUCUGUCACAGGUAACAAAGGUUCUCCAAAGAUUGAAGUUGGACAGAAGAAACCUUGGAGUGAAACCGGCGGAAGCUGCAGAGUUGGGGGAAUCCGCUAUGGCAGAGAAACUCGCAGAAAACGAGGCGGAAACACCAAAUAAGGAAGUUCCUCAAGAGGCCGCGGAAGGACCUAGAACGACCGUGUCUUUCUAUGAGCCGCAGCUACGUGAACACAUCCUAAAGGAACUCUGGGACUCUCAGUUCUUCACGAUUAUAACCGAGCAAACGGUUGAAAUUGACGGGGAGCUCUAUAUCCCGCUGUGUAUCAGGUACUUGAACAAAGAGGACAUCCAGUGUGAAGAAACGCUGGCCUUCAUCCCGUUCGUUGAAGACUCAGUUGUCCUUUCUGAGGCCAUUCAGACUGCCCUGUCUGAGAAGUGGGGACUGAACAUGGAGUAUUGCAGAGGACAGGCCUUACUAAGCGUCGGUGAAGUAGGAGCUCAGAUGAGAGCUGUAAGUUUAGCCAUUGCUACAAAAUACCCUCAGGCUAUUAGAACAGUUAGCUCUGCUUUGUCCCUCAACGUUUGGUUGGCCAGAUCCUCUCCUGCUGAAGAAGCGGCCAAUGGAGCCGUCAUCAUUGAUAGAUUGUUACACUGGCUCACAGAGGACGUAGAACGCCAGAACGCGCUGGAGGACAUAAUCACUUUGGUUUUCCAGCAGGAUGAGGCGAAGGCCAGCGAGUUAAGGGACAAACUCAUCAAGAACUGGGAGAAGAGUCACGACAUGCAUGAGGUUAUGAUAGAGCUUUUGGAAGCAGCUGUUCUCUGUCUGAACGAGCUGAAAGAAGAGGGGAGCACCUCAGACCAGCUCCAGGCGUCGCAGUUCUUUGAUUCAAUCCGGAAUUUUGAGUUUAUCUUUUCGACCGUAGUGCUGAAGAACGUCCUGGCAGUGACAAAAAAGCUCAGUCAGUCUCUUCAAGGAAAACCUUUAGAUAUGCUGCUGGCCGUGAACACCUUGCCUGACAUCAAAGCGUCCCUCGGCACACUAAAGAGCGAGAUUGACAUCCAUCACAAGUCCUGGUUUGAGGAAGCCGUCUCCCUGGCUUCGAAACUCAACGUCCAGAUGUUGCAUUCAGUGCUUCUAGAGCCACUGAGUGACUUUUAUAAAGAAUCCGUCAGCAUGAAGGUCGUGGAUCACUCGAUAGCAGAAAUAAAUGACCUCUUUGCGGACAAGGUGUUGGAUACCUUAAGAUGUCUGGAGAUUGUGCCUUAUGCAAUGUUCAAAGUGGAAACCAGCAUUCUUAGUGGUCUCGUGUUUCGCCUGUACAAGGAGGACCUGCCAGACCAGCUCUCCCUGCACUCCGAGAUGAAGGCGUGGAAGGAGAAGUGGCUGGAUCCCAUGGCGGGUUACCUUCCUGCCACUGUCCUCGAUACACUCAAGACGUCGCAGAUCCGAAGUUUUAGUAACAUUGAAACGCUCCUCAGACUUCAGGUCAUUUUACCUUUUUCAAGGCGGGAGAGCAACUUCAGGCAGGGGAGGAGGAGUCUGCAGGAGUUCAUUCAGCAGAAGAAGAGGUCCCUCUCUGAGCUCCAUCCUCUGUAGCGGUUGGUCUUCUGUUUGCAGUGUUGACAGGAAGUGGAUGGCAGUACCGCCAGACUAAAGAACUGAGUAGCCUUCAUGGAGAAUUGUCCCUGUAUAUUAUUGAAUUUUUCUGUUGGUUGGCAUUCUGCAAAGCCCUAUCCUAAGCUCUGCUGUUUCCUUUCUUUAAUUUUUGUAGUUUGUACAGUCGUACCUCCCAAUGGGACCAAUGUCAUGAAAAAAAACCACGAAGCGCAGCGAUGGUUCUCGGUGCUUGUGCCUUGAUGAGAAACUAAUGAUUUUUACCCCGUUUCAUAAUGAAUCAGAUGGUCAGCAUUGUCCCAUUGGUUUUAUUUCAGAAAAAAAAAAAAAAAAGGUUUUCUUUCCCCUCAAUUUUCCAAAACAAACCAUGUUAUCAUUCUUUUUGAAAACGCACCCUUCUACUUCCUGGGCACAACUAGAAACGGUUAGUUAGCUCAUCUCUGUUGAUUUUUCUUUUCCCGUGUUCGCCACCUCCCCGCCAGAAUGGAUUUGCUGUAAAACGUAUCUUUGAGAAUAAUGUUUCCUUUAUAGGAAAAUCUUCAUAUAUAUUUGUCAAAAAAACUGUAAUAAAAUGAUCCAAAAAACAUG